AUGGAGGCGUAUCGGUUCGGCUUCGACCUGCCGGCGGCGAACAAGUUCGACCCGACGGAGGCCGACAUCGUGGCGCGGUACCUCCUCCCGCGCGCCGUCGGGUUCCCGAACCCGCACGGGCACGCCGUCAUCGACGCCGACCCCUGCAGCUGCCCGCCGUGGGAGCUCAUGCGCCGCCACGGCCACGCCGGCAGCGACCACGCCUUCUUCGGGCGCCCGCGCAGCCAGGACAGGAAGAGGAUCGUCCGCGCCGUCGGCCCCGGCGAGGACGGCGUCGGCGGCACGUGGGACGGGCAGAAGAGCGGCGCCACCCGCCUCGUCCUCUCCCGCGCCGGCGGCGGCGCCGCCGCCCCACGGCUGGAGGUCACGUACAAGCGCCACAACCUGUCCUACUACCACGGGCCCCAGCCCCCAGAAGAUCCGGACCAGCGGCUGGGUCAUGCCGACGCCGACGCCGUCGCCGGGCACCAGGUCGUUAUCCCCCCGGGCCCGGACCAGCCGGGCCCGAGCAACUACUGCGAGGUUGAGGAGCAUGGCGGUGCCGUGGGGGACACGGGUGGCUACUAUGCCGACGACGACGGCAGCCAGUACUUGAACCAGGACCUGAGCUGCUACAUGCUGUACGACGGCGAUGGCAGCGGCGACGGUGACUACCUUUUCAACGUCGGCGACGACAAUAGCUUUCAGUGUCCCGACGGCGGCAAUGGAGGCUGA